AUGACCGGGCGGGCGGCGGGGCCGGGCCGGGCUCACACCGCCUACAAAUACGGCUCCGCCGCGGCGGGGCCGCCGCCGCCGCUCGCAGCCCCCGGCAUGGUCGCGCCGCGCUGGCUCCUGGCGCUGCUGCUGCUGCUCUGGCUCGCCCUGUCCGCCGCGGGGCCGCUGGGCGCUGCGCCAGACAGGCAGGAUGUGGACGACGGCCUCAUCCGGAUGCUGGUGCGGCCACGGGGUGCGCGGCGCGGGGCUGGGCACCGGCCCGGUGGCUGGCGCAGGUACCGGAGACCCCGGCCCCGGCUCUCACACAAGGGCCCGAUGCCUUUCUGAGGCAGGGGUGCCCCCAGCCUGCCCAGGACACGGCUCCCACUGCCCGCACGGUGCCAUAACCCAUGCUGCUCAUGCCCCGGCCCCGAGCGCAGGGUCCCACCCGUGAGCCCUCGGCUGGAGCCACCUCGUCCCCGUGGCUGCCCCUGGAGGCCCAGCACCGUGUCUAGCUCAUGUGGCACCAGGUGCUGCUGCGAUGGUGGGCUUUGACCAAAGCACUUUGUCAGGCAGAGGAGCUUCUCCAGCUUGCCCUGGGUGGGGGGGUCCUAUUUAUUCCCCUGGUGCUAACCCCGCACCCUGGGUGAGCUGCUCUCCCCUUCCCGCUACCAGAUCCCCCUCCUGGGGACCCCCAAGGCGUGGGGCGCCAGCCCAGGACAACGUGGGGGACUCCAGACCCCUCUGCCUGCUCCAUGCCAUGGGACAGCGGGAGAAUGGGGGGUACUGGGAUCUCUGUAUCAAGCACUGACAUAUGCCAAAGGAGGGGCCCUUGCUCUGAGCUGGGCCCUGUUGACCAUGUCUCAUGUCUGUAAAGAUUUAUUCUGUGUAAAUACAUAUUUGUAAUAAAGAGUUCUGAUGACAAGAAACCCUUAUU